ACUGCACACUUCACUCUAUGCAAAAUGCAAAAACAAUUUUCUGCUCACUCUCUCUCUCUAGCUUUCAAAACUACUUUCCCUUUCUCCCCCCUCUCUCUCCUCACUUUUUCUCUCUCUAAAGAUUCAUAGGAAUCAAAUCAUCAAAACCCUAACCACCCAGAAGCCAGAAUCCAUAAACUCAUCUGGAAACCUGAAAAUUUUGAGCUCCAAACCCAGCAUUAUGCUCUCCAGCUUCCGCCAUUGAAAGAAAGAACCCAUCUUUCUGUUUCUUCUGCUGGGUAGGAAUAGAAGCUGCUGGGUAAGCAGAAAAAGCAUUAAAAACCCAGAAAUUCUCCCAGUUUCAAACCCAAAAAACCUAGCCUUUUUACUGCAUUGUUAAACCACAGAUAAACCCUCUUUCCAUUUUCCCCUAUUUCGAGAAACAGUUUCCAAAAAUGGCGAUUCAAAAACCCUUUUGCAAAACCCAAUUCUCCGUUUUUCUGCUAGUCCUAGCCAAUGUGGCUGUUUUUGUCACCUCCAAGUCGACAAUCGAGCCCUGCUCGAACGCCGACUCGUGCAAUGCCUUGCUCGGCUACACCGUCUACACCGAUCUCAAGGUCUCAGAGGUCGCCUCCCUCUUCCAGGUCGACCCAAUCGCUCUCCUCACCGCCAAUGCCAUCGACAUUUCGUACCCCGACGUCGAAAACCACAUCCUCCCCUCCCAGCUCUUCCUCAAAGUCCCAAUCAUCUGCUCCUGCGUCGACGGGAUUCGAAAGUCAGUGUCUACCCACUACAAGACCCGGCCUUCCGACACGCUGGCCUCCAUUGCUGAUUCGGUGUACUCCGGCUUGGUCUCGGCGGACCAGAUUCGGGAGGCCAAUUCGAUUUCGGACCCUUCUGUGCUCGACGUGGGGCAAACCCUUGUGGUGCCUCUGCCCUGCACUUGCUUCAAUGGGACUGAUAAUUCGCUGCCGGCUAUCUACUUGUCUUAUGUGGUGAACCCGGAGGAUACACUGGCGGGGAUUGCCGCCCGGUACUCGACUACCCUGACCGAUUUGAUGAAUGUGAAUGCCAUGGGGAACACAGCUAUUAAGGCUGCUGAUAUACUUGCAGUGCCAUUACCAGCUUGUGCAUCAAACUUUCCUAAAUCUGCUCAAGACUAUGGCUUGAUUGUGCCCAAUGGUAGCUAUGCCAUUACAGCAAGCCACUGUUUACAAUGCAGUUGUGGGCCUGGGAGUCUCAACUUGUACUGCCAGCCUGCUUCAUUAGCAGUUUCAUGUUCGAGCAUGCAAUGUAGAAACAGUAACCUCAUGGUCGGGAACGUUACAGUUCAGCAGAGUGGUGGUGGUUGCAAUGUCACUUCUUGUAACUAUGGUGGUUUUGUGAAUGGAAGCAUCGUCUCAACGUUAUCUAAAUCUCUUCAGCCCCGUUGCCCAGGUCCACAGAAAUUUCCACCACUUAUAGCCCCACCUACCUCAGUAAUCCGUGACACAAUGUUUGCACCCGCACCUGCUCCCGAGUCAGAUGGUUCUAUUGGUGGGAUACCCAAGUCACCUUCAGUGUUACCCGGGGUGCGUCCAGCAGGAUUGGCCCCUAUAGGUGGCCCUGCUGGGAUUGCUUCUGAUGCCUGCUCACUGAUCGAUCCAUUGGGCAAUUUCCCAACCGCUGUUCUGCUACUUUUGUAUGUCAAGUUCAUGAUUGCCAUCUUAUGAUGAUUUCCGUUUUGUGCUCUUGAUCGUUGUUUCAGCAUCGGAUUCGUAUUUAUUUCUAGUGUUGAACUGAUUUUGUGAAUGUGGCGAACCGUCAUUGGUGGGUUUUAAUUAGUGAUGGGUUUUGUUUUGCUCAACUAUCGGAUUAUGCACUGUGAGUCAGUGUGUGUGAGGUAGUGGAAGUUGCCAUCUCUGUAAUCUAUUCUUGUUGCCAAUUUCUUGAGUCUCAGGAUAUUGUCUGGGCAGACCCCUUACUGGCAUUUUUGUUAUGAUCUCUAUUCUCUAA